AUGGACUCGUACGCUCUGGGAUACGAGAAGAAGAAUAUGAACUCGCGUCGUUGCCACAAAAUCUUGAGAUCUAUGGAAUGGACCUGGAUUUUGAAAGAUGGUAUCGGACUCAUUGAGGUACGACGUCGUAAGUAUCAAAUCUACAGUUUUAACUCUGAUUCAUGGAAGGAUAUUCAUCUGACUCCCAACAGGCACUUGCGGUUUUAUACACGUGACGUGUCUCUCAAGGGAAAUACUUACUGGCUUGUUCGAAGGGAUACUAAUUGGUUUAUGAGAAGGCCACAUUGCAAUUUAUCUCGAAGGGAACCAUUCCGAGGACGAGUAAGAGACAACUCUGACUUGUUUUUACAAAACCGACUUAUAAUGGAAGAACGAGUAAGAGAAACCCCAAAGUUCUUUUUACUCUGUUUUGAUUUCACUAGGGAGAGAUUUGGACCGCCUCUAGAUCUACCGUUUCACUAUCGCCAAGAAGAUAGUGUGCCUCUAUCUAGUGUAAGAGAAAAGCAGCUUGCAGUGUUAUGUCAGCGAUACGAUACAUUAGAGAUGGAGAUAUGGAUUAGUAAUAAGAUUGAGCCCGAGGCGGCGUCGUGGAGCAAGUUGUUCGUAGCGGUGAACCUGAAAACACGUCUUACUUUCCCGUUUGAACAUGGGAGUUUUUUUGUUGACAAAGGGAAAAAAGUCAUUGUAGUUUUUGAUAGAGACUUAGAGAUGCACUGCGUAGCUUAUAUCAUCGGAGAGGAUGGAUAUUUUUAA